AACUGAAGGGUGGAGUAAUAAAGACAAAGUUCAGACACACAUGUACAUUAAAUGUGUUAAGUUGUCCUUCAUGGAGUUGAAUUGAAAAGAAAUAAUGUUUAACACCUCAAUCUAUAUCUAUACACACCUCCAUAUCUGUAACUACAUUAUUUGAGUAUUAUGAAUUUUAGUUUAGUGUGAGUUUAGUAAAGACCAAAGAAGGAAAACCUGUUGAAGAUCUUUUACUCCUGUCUAAACAUCUCAUCCCCACUGGGGGGAGCUAAAGACACAGUGAUGGAAGGACGGAGGCGUGUUAUCCAAACAGAAAACACCUCCUGCCUUUAUUCACACCAUGAAGACUCAACUCAGCUGUUACGUAGAUGAAGUUUACUUCUAAUCAAAACAUGAAGAUCCUCAUUUUCUUGGCUCUCUCGAGCCACUUUGCAUUUUCAGUGAAACACUCCCUGAAGUUUAUCACCACUGCAUCUUCUGGACUCCCAGACUUCCCAGAGUACUUUGCAGCUGCAGUGGUCGAUGAAAAUCUGGUGGGCUCCUGUGACGGCAGCAAAAAGAAAAUUGAUCCAAAACAAGACUGGGUGGAAAAAGUAUUGGAAGAUGAUCCUCAUCAAUUGGAGUAUUACAGUGCAAGAUGUUUUGAGGAGGAGCCAACUUCGUUCAAAGCCACAAUCAAUAGUUUGAAACAGCGCUUCAACCAAAGUGGAGGUGUCCACAUUUUACAGAGCAUGAGUGGCUGUGAGUGGGAUGAUGAGACCGGAGAGGUUGUUGGUUUUAAUCAGUUUGGUUAUGAUGGAGAAGACUUCAUAUCAAUCGACCUGAAGAGAGAGAUAUGGAUCGCUCCAAAACAACAGGCUUUCACCACCAAACUGAAAUGGGAUGCUGACAAAGCUAGAAUGAAAUAUAAUCAGAAUUACCUCACAGUGAUUUUCCCUGAGUGGCUGAAGAAGUAUUUGGCCUAUGGGAGGAGCUCUCUGCUGAGAACAGAGCUUCCCUCAGUGUCUCUCCUCCAGAAGACUCCCUCCUCUCCAGUCAGCUGCCUCGCUACAGGUUUCUACCCUCACAGAGCCUCACUCGUCUGGAGGAAAGAUGGAGAGGAGCUUCAUGAGGAGGUGGACCACGGAGAGAUCCUCCCCAACCACGAUGGAACCUUCCAGAUGAGUGUUCACCUGAACCUUUCAUCAGUCACACCUGAAGACUGGACCAGGUACGACUGUGUGUUUCAGCUAUCUGGUGUGAAGGAGGACAUCAUCACCAGACUGGAGAAAGAUUGGAUCAGAACCAACUGGGAUCCUCCCACAGAGAUCAGUGCAGUUACUGGAGUAAUUCUGCCGCUGAGCCUCCUGUUGAUUUGCAUUGUGGCGUUCUGCAUCUGGAGAAGAAACAAUUAUGGUGUCUGACUUCACAACAAUCAACUAAUAACUAAUUGCCAAUAACCAAUAUGAAAAGACUCUUGUGUGGAGUGUGUGAAGGAAGGACAGAUAAAGUAUAUUUAUUACAUAUAUGUAAAAAGAAAAACAAAGGUCAAGUUGUGGUUUUAUAAAACUGAUGAUGAAAGCAAAACCCAAAUCUAUAGAUUUUUAUGAAGAACUUAAGUUGUCUCAACAUGACUAUUAGAAAUAUGUCUGCGUUAAUUUAUUGUCAGAAUUUCAGUGAUUGUAAUCAGUGUUGCUUAAUAUUGUUGCUUUACAAGUGUUUGUCCCUGAAUUAAGAUAAUGAUAUUUAGAUAUUAAGUUCUUCACAAUCAUUAUAUAAAUAUUGAUUUCACUGACAGUAAUGUUAUAAUUUCUGGUUACAGUUAGGGCCAUCUCUAUGCUGAUGAUACCGUCCUGUGCUGUUGAGUUAAAGCUGCACCUGAAGCUGUCACAAUUCUCCAGCAAGCUUUUGACGAACUGCAAGAUUCUCUUUCUCAACAUGAAAUUAGUUCUCAAUGCAAACAAAACCAGAUUCAUGGUAUUCCUAUAUAGACGUGCCUGUUAUUCCACUCAUCAUUGUAUUCUGUAUGAAAAAGUCGGAUGGCACCUUUAACUUGGAAAAUUUUACAACAUACAUUUAAACUUGGUGCAGUUAUACCCAUAGUUCAGUUUAAGACUGUGAUUAUAAACUACUCUGCAUUUGAAUGUAGCUGUUUUUAUCUCCGUGCUGUCCUGUAUGCUCGUUUACCGUUUAUCUUUUAUGCACUUUCUGUUUUAUUUGUUGUUUUUCAUGUUCAUUUGAUGCAGUUUCUUGUCAUUUUCAGCACUUUAUUCUAUUUAUUUGUAUUCUCUCAUUUUGCUUCUUAUCUGUUUUCAUUUUAAUGUCCCCAUUCUGUUUAUUCACUCUGUGAUCAUGUUCCUUGUUUCUGUGUCUCAUCACAUUUUUGCACCUGUUUUUUUUUUUUUUUUUUUUUAUUAUUAUUUGUGCUCUUGACUUCACUGAAAAUGACGGCUGUCCCUGAAUGAUUUAAAUAAAAGUUGAAUGAAAAGUU